UUAAACAUUCAAAGAGUUGGAGCGACCAGAUUUUGUUUCAUAGUCGCUCUGACUCAUACAUUUUCAUUCAAAUUUAAAUAAAAAUUAAAUCUUGAUAGACCCCAUUUUCCGUGUUUUCAGUUGUAGCUUCCAAAAAUCCAAAUCUUUCGACUAUCUGAAAUCUCUUUUUAAAUAAACAAUUUGGAAAAAUAUAUAAAAGGAAGAUUUCGUUUUCUGCUGAAUAGAUAUCUGCUCUCUAUUUUGUGGCUUUGAAGUUGCAGACCACUCAAGAAAAGUUGAACGUACGUGUAAAAUUGGAUUGGUUGAUUUUGGUUUGGGGCCCCCUUUUUGUCCUUUUAUCUAUCGGGGCUGCUUUCUUUUUGGUUGGUUUUAGUGAUUUUGUGGGUUUUGUCGCUUGAGAUUUUAUGAUACGAGUUCAGCAAUUUGAUGCCGGUGGUUGAGGUUACUGUCUUGUGGGAUUGCAUUGGAUUGGAAAUUGUUUACUGGGAUCACUGCAAGAUUUGAUUUUGGAGCAGGAAUGUUAGAAUUUGAUUUGUGAUAUGUCAUCUGCAUCUCCCUCCCCAAAUUCACCUCCCCCUCCGCCCUCCUCUGCCCCUUCUCCACCAUCACUACCACCUCAGCCCAAUUCACCUCCGUCGAGUCCUCCUCUUGCACCGCCACCUCGGCCGGAUUCGCCUGCCUCACCACUACCACCAUCCUCUCCUCCUUCUCCGGCCAAUGCUCCACCUCCUCCGGCUAAUGCUCCUCCUCCUCCUCCAUCAACUCAACCUCCUCAGCCAUCAAGGCCUCCUCCAACUUCCUCUCCGCCUCCACCUGAUCCACCACCAACUAGUCCUGUUACGCCACCUUCCUCGACUAAUUCGCCCCCGCCCCCACCAGCACCCGUAAAUAGUUCCCCACCUCCACCAUCAACUUCACCACCGAGCAAUUCUCCUCCUACUCGUCCGCCUCCUAAUACUUCGGCCCCACCACCAUCACGAAACCCUCCAGCAAGUUCCCCUCCACCACCAUCAAAUAGACAUCCCCAAGAUUCGCCACCACCACCAGUCGUGCCACCCGGUAACCCUUCCCCAAUACCGCCUCAGUCUCCACCACGCCCAAAUUCUCCUCCAAGACCACCACCACCACGGCCUUCAAUAAGAACAUCACCACCUCCUCCUUCCACAGCCUCACCAACUCCAUCUCUGAACCCACCAGGUGAUACCAACUCCAAUGAUACUGCACCGAGAAAUUCACAACCCUCAGGUGGUGGUGGCCUUGCCACUGGCGCCAAAGUCGCAAUUGGCGUGGGUAGCCUAUUUCUUGUGAUACUUGGUCUUGGACUUGCAAUCUGGUGUUGCUGGAAGCGAACGAGAAGGGCUUCUGGCCGUAAUGGUGGUUACAUCAAGGCAACCUCAAAUUAUUCUCCAAAAUCCGGUGAUGGAUUACAUAGAGUACAAGUAACACCAAAUAAUGGAAGUGGUUCUGGAAAUCACUCUAUGCGUACACCACAUGAGCGAGGUUUGGGGAACUCAAGGUUGUUGUUCACCUACGAACAACUAGUUGGUGCCAGUAAUGGAUUUUCAGACCAGAAUCUCUUGGGGCAAGGUGGUUUUGGUUUUGUGUACAAAGGAACUCUCGCAGAUGGUAAAGUAGUAGCAAUUAAGCAGUUACGGAUCGGUGGAGGGCAGGGGGAACGGGAAUUCACCUCCGAAGUUGAGAUAAUUAGCCGUAUACACCACCGUCAUUUGGUCUCACUUGUAGGUUAUUGCAUUUCUGGGGAGAGAAGACUGCUUGUAUUAGAUUAUGUUCCUAACAAUACCCUCUACUUCCAUCUUCAUGCUGAAGGCCGGCCUGUCUUGGAAUGGGGUACACGUGUGAAGAUUGCUGUUGGGGCAGCUCGUGGGAUAGCCUACCUUCACGAAGACUGUCAACCUCGUAUUAUCCAUAGAGAUAUCAAAUCGUCAAAUAUCCUUCUGGACAUAAACUUUGAAGCUCAGGUUUCUGAUUUUGGAUUAGCUAAAAUAGCUAUGGAUGCGAAUACACAUAUCAGUACACGUGUAAUGGGAACUUUUGGAUACAUGGCACCUGAGUAUGCAUCCAGUGGCAAGUUGACUGAAAAAUCUGAUGUGUUUUCCUUUGGAGUUGUGCUCUUAGAGUUGAUAACUGGACGAAAGCCUGUAGAUACAUCUCAGCCUUUAGGGGAUGAGAGCCUCGUUGAAUGGGCCCGACCGUUGUUAAUCCAAGCUAUCGAGACAAACGAAUUUGUGGGACUAGCAGAUCCAAGGCUAGCAGAGAAUUUUGUUACUGAUGAGAUGGUCCUACUGAUUCAAGCUGCAGCAGCUUGUGUUCGCCAUUCAUCCAUGAACAGGCCCUCAAUGGGACAGGUUGUGAGGGCUUUCGACAGAAUGGCGACCCCAGAUUUGACAAACGGGAUGAGAGUUGGGGAAAGUGAAAUAAUCAACUCUGCUGAACAAUCUGAAGAGAUCAGGUUGUUUCAGAGGUGGGCAUUUGGAAGUAAGCAUUUGGAAGUAAAGAAGUUAGUAGUGAUUUCUUCAGUGGGAGCAGCGAGCGCAAUCCGCAAAGUGGCCAGAGAGAUUGAUGUAAUUGAGUUGCAGUUUCCAAUCAAGAAUGAUUUUUUUUGAAGGAAAUGAAAAUAUGGCAAAUGAUGCUGGUUAAGAGGUAAUAGCUGCAUUGAGCUAUAACUGUCCAUUGCAACUUUGAUUUUUUUGGGAUCUUGUAGAUUCUGUGCAUUCAAUUUCUAGGGUCAAUUUUUCCUUGUAUAUGUCUUCUUUUUCUUUCUUUUUUUGGGUAUUCAGCUAUAAUAAACUUCAUUCAAUUUUGCCCCCCUUCCAUUUAUGCAGAAUUUAUUUGUUAUGAAUCA